AUGGGAACGUUAGCGGAUCUACAGGAAGCCCGGCUAGGCGAACAAUUCCGGCUCGAGGGCACCCCCUAUCGGACGGUUGAGAACAUUGGGCGCGGCGCGUACGGGGUCGUCUGCAAGGCUUUAGAUACGGCGCUCAAUCGACAUGUUGCCAUAAAGCGGAUACCCCGCGCUUUUACGGCCGUCACGCUGGCGAAGCGCACGCUUCGAGAGGUGCGAAUUCUUCGCGAUUUGGCGCACGAAAAUAUCGUGCCCGUCCUCGACAUGUUCACCGCCCAGGGCCAUCGGGGCCGUGACAUCUACCUGGUGCUCGACCUGAUGGAGGCCGACCUGCACGAGAUCAUCCACGGCGGCCAGCCUCUCUGUGAUGAACACCAUUCAUAUUUCUUAUAUCAGAUUCUACGCGGGUUAAAGUAUAUCCACUCUGUCGGUAUCGUGCACCGCGACCUGAAGCCGUCCAACAUUUUUGUGAACAGCGACUGCCUGCUGAAAAUCGGUGAUUUCGGGAUGGCACGGUCGAUUGAUCAGCUACAAGAGCCGGGCAAUGGGAUGACGCAAUACGUCUCCACCCGGUGGUACCGCGCGCCGGAGUUGCUCUUUUCGAUGAUUGAUUACGAUACAAAGGUGGACAUCUGGUCGGCUGGGUGUAUCCUUGGGGAGCUGAUCACCCGUAAGCAGUUGUUCCCCGGACGGGACAGCAAAUGCCAAGUGAAACUGAUCGUCCACUACCUGGGGCCACCGCCCAGACAGAUCCGCGAGCGCAUCACCUCCGAGGUGGUCAAGCGGUGGAUCGACGAUUGCGGGCGACCAGAGGGGAUCCCUUGGGACCGCAUCCUCGACCCGUUCGGCCGGAAUCCCGUCAACCCGAAAGCUGUCGACAUUUUCAGAAAUCUGCUCGCCGUCGCGCCGUGGGACCGGUGGACAGCCGAAGAAGCCCUGGCCCACCCCUUCUUCUCCUCCUACCACGACAAGGCCACCGAGCCCGUGUCAUUCGACGCGGAAGCGAUUGAGCGCCUCAACGCCGAAGAGCUCGUCGAGGCGCUCGACCAGGAGGCCAGGCAUUUCGAGACGCUGCGCGGGCCAUAUAAUACACGCCCUAUCGAAGACGUCUCAGAAGAGCUCGGCCAACCCGGGUACAAAGACGAGCCCUCAACAUCAGAAGACCACUACGCCGCGCUCGAGACCCCCGGCAUCGUGCGCGCUUCAGAAGCCACUGAAGCCGAAGCCGGGCCCUCGACUAAAUUCACGCAAAUCCGGCAAAAAGCCAGCGCUUCUGACGACGAGGACGAUGACGAGCCAGAUGGCACGCUGACGCCGGUUGCACAUAGCAGCGCGAGUAGCACCGCCAGCGGCCAUACGGUUCGUGGAGGGCCAUCCCAGGAUGAAAACCCAUCGUCUGGCCCGCCAAAACUAGCCGCAGGCUCCCGGUCAGCCCCUGCAGGUCCAGCAGGAAUUAGCACGGCACUUGGGAGACAAUUACUAAAACGUGCCCUCGAGCAAAAGAUCCAGGAAAAAGAACAAAUGCUUCGCGACGCCCUCAAGCUCGCGUAUAGCCAGCAGAACAAGCGCCGCAGAAAAAGCGAGGAGCACGAGGGUGAUCACAGGGAUACGGCGGAUGUGGGCGGCUUCAAGGUAUACGACAACGGGUCCUCGGCGACGAAUAUCCGGAAAUAUUCGGGUGAUGAGCGUGAUGAGAAUAAAAGA